GUUCACAAGUCUCGGCCUUCACUCCAAAUUACGAACGGCAAAUCCUGUGCAGGGGAAAUUGGACGACGACGUCCUCUUCAAUUCAAAGGCCUGUUACUUGUUCUCCUUCCAUUUUUAUUCUUUCUUUCUUUUGUAUUCUUCACAAAAUCCCUCCUCUUUCCUAUUUCAACGCCCUCGUCAGCUUCGCCUCCUUUCAAACUCUCUCUCCCCCUUCCCCCUCGUCUCGUUUGUUUGGAGCUCACCUAGACAUGAUUUCCACUCUGAAAUCCGUUUCUCUCAUAAACCCUAAACUCUCCCAUGCCUCAAUGCCGUUGAGCAAGGCUCCGGAUUCUCUCAAGUUCCAUCCUUUGCUCAAAACUCCUAAUUCCACGCGCUCGGUUGUCUCCAAUGGUUUUCUCACACUCAAUCGCCGUACCUCAUCAACUCCGUUAAUUCUCGCUUUUGCAGCUGCGCCUGAUGACUCGCAAGAAAUUGAAGUGGGUAGUGGAAAAGAUGAGCUUGGAGUGGGAUCUGAAGAAUCACAAGAAGUGUGGAAGCAAGCUCUAGAUACCUUUAGAGAACAAGCCAAAAAGUUUCAAGGUGUUUCUCAAGAAGCAUAUGAAGAGUAUUCAAAGAAGGCAAUUGUCAUUUUGAAAGAUGCUCAGAAACAGUUGAAGGUACAAGCAGAUAAGGCAAGGCAUGAUUUGACCGUGGCUGCAAAAGAAAUUAGUGAAGAAGGCAAAGAGUAUAUCGUCACAGCAGCUGAAAAAUCUCCUGAAGUGAAGGAGAUUGUUGAAACAUUUGCCUCCCCAACUGAUGAUCUCAGUCAUCUUUCUGGAGUGCGAGACUUCUAUGUUGGUAUACCUUAUGGUUUGAUACUCUCUAUUGGAGGUUUCCUUUCCUUUAUGGUAACAGGAAGCCUUGCAGCUGUUAGAUUUGGGAUGUUUUUAGGUGGUCUUCUCUUGUUCUUAAGCAUUUCAAGUCUAAGAGCAUACAGGAGAGGAGAAUCAUCUCCCCGAGCUUUGAAUGGCCAAGCAGCAAUAGCAAGCAUAUUAUUCCUGCGAGAGAUAAUCUUACUAGGCAAGGGGUCGCCUCCCAUAACUCGGUUCACUACUUUGAUCAGCGGUGCAGUGGCGGCAUUUUAUGUCUACAGAUUGGUACUGGAACGCAAACCACUUGGGGACUCAAAUCUGGAAACUGGACCGGGAAAUUAGUUUAAUCACGUAAGGUUGACAUUUUGAUGUUCAUUGUAAUUCGCUAUACAAAGAUAUGUUUCUUACACAAAAUGCCGGUCAGAUGUCUGCAGAUGUCUUUUAUGGUGUUGGUGUUGGUGUUGCUUUAAUUUUUCAUUUGCCACUCAGUGGCAGAAGAUCUGCUUGAAAAAUAAAAAUGUCAGGGUAAAUUUCUUUUUUCGUAAAAAAAAAAAAAACCGGGAAGGGAUGGAAGAGCAGAUUUUUAUGUUUAUUUAUAGUUUAAUUUGUUACUGCGGUUGUUCCAGAAUGAAUUCCUGUAUGAAAUAUAAGACUUGAAGAAUCUUGAUCGAAUCUGAUAAUUAAUCUCAAGUUGUAGGGGGCAAUUUUUGGUUCUCUGUCUUCAA